GACGUCAUCACGCUAGUAUCUAGAAUUAUGGAGAAUGCUAUCAAUCAAUUAAAUAUAAAGUUAGAUGAUAUUGAUCAUGUAGAUAUACCUAAUCUCUUGUCACUCGACUCAGCUACGACAGUCAAAGUGCACAACGAUAGCGUAGCGAAUAUAAGGAAUAAGUUCAAUACGAUACAACAAUCGGUGGAUGAAGUCAUAUACGAUACUGAUGAUACACCUCUUGAAGUUGAAUCUAAGAAAUUACAAGAGCGUUUACAGCUAUUGAGAAUAAAGUUUAGAUCAGCCGCAUUAUCGUCAAAACGUAAGAUAGAUUCAGCAGACAACACAGAACUUUUCGAGAGAGCGAGAAAACCAAAUAAUGAGGCGGACAAUAGUUCGAUAGAUGCUAGUACAGAUCAAGUGACGGAUGCACUCAUAAAAACCACCCAAAUGAUGAAAGCGAACCUUGACCAGUCAAUAGUGAACCACCAAACGUGGCAGGAGAGUAGUGACUUGAUUACAACAACACUUGAUCAGUAUUUUAAUUUCACAGACUUACUCAAUAACUCUAAAGUGCUCUUAAAGCAGCUCGAGAGGGGAAAUAUGCUCGAUAAGUUAGCAAUAUUCGCUAGUAUACUUUUCUUCUCAUUCUGCGUCUUAUUCGUACUAAAAAGGCGCGUAUAUGAUAAAGGCGCUACUGUGCUAUCUAUACUAUUCAAGCCACUUAAAAAGGGUAGUAGCAAAGUCAUAGAGAAUAGUCAUAGUGAGUUGUAGAAUUAAAGCCAUAGUUUUUAUAUAGUUAUAUACCAUCUUUUAUGUCUGAUACUUAACAUAGUAUGCCAAGUCUGAUGCGAAUACCGAUUUAGGAGUGUACCGUAGAUUGUAAUAUAAAAUACUAGAGAUAUAACCUUUACCUUGAGUUGGCAUAUAUAUUUUAACAAAC